CCGCUCGAAUGGGUUGGCAAAGAGGAUUAAACCGAAACAAAAUAUGAUCUUUUGAUGGUUUACGUUCACCCAAGCAAGCCUGCCGUUGUACAAUUGGAGUGUUAAAGGUUCAUAGUUUAUGGUGAAGAUGAAAUAGCUACGCUGUUAACGAGUUUUCGUGGAUAUUUUAUUGUUUUUUUUCUUUGGACGUCUGUUGGUCUGCACGGUUUUAAGCUAGCGCUAGCCUCGAUUCUAGUGAGCUGCGAUGGUCGUCGCGAGUUUAUGCGGAUGUCUCCGGACCAGUCUAUACUGAACCGACGGCAACAAAUGGGAUCAUCCAGCAUCGGCCGAGAACAUCGCGGCAUAGACUAAACAUUAAAGAUUCAGAAAACUAUUUGACUUUGUGGAAAUUCAGACAGAGGAUUCUGUGCACUCUGCAGCGGCAGGUGUCUUUCUAGUUGGAUUUUAGCCCACUGACAUUCUCCCACAGCCAUGGAAUCGACGGUUGAUGACGAUGCAAUGGCAGCGUGAAUGAAGCUUGGCGUGGGGAGAGCUGAACGAUGCCCAAAGGUGGGGGUUCUAAAACCCCCCAGCUGGACCACUUCCCACUCAACACCGACAUGGUGGAAAAGCAGGGUGGGAAGAAGGAAAAAGUGUUGUCAAACAAGACGCCCAAAUUGGAUCGCAGUGAUGGGGUCAAAGAGAUGAAAGAAAAGGCCCCUAAAAGGAAGCUGCCCUUCACUGCAGGAGCUAAUGGAGACCAGAAAGAUUCUGAUUCAGAGAAACCAGGUCCAGAGCGGAAGCGCAUUAAAAAGGAGCCCACCAACACCCGGAAGGCGGGCUUGCCGUUUGGAAUGGGGAUGCCAGGGAUCCGGGCUGGGUACCCCCUCUCUGAGCGGCAGCAGGUGGCCUUGCUCAUGCAAAUGACAGCUGAGGAGUCCAUCAACAGUCCAGACACAACACCAAAGCAUCAGUCACAAUCCAGUCUGGGUCAGAAGGGAACGCCAAACUCUGCAUCUAAAACCAAAGACAAAGUGAAUAAACGGAAUGAGAGAGGCGAGACUCGGCUGCACAGGGCAGCAAUCCGUGGAGAGGUACGCCGCAUUAAGGAGCUCAUCAGCGAGGGAGCUGAUGUGAAUGUAAAAGACUUUGCAGGCUGGACUGCAUUGCAUGAGGCGUGCAACAGGGGGUACUAUGAUGUGGCCAAGCAGCUGCUGGCAGCCGGAGCAGAGGUCAACACCAAGGGUCUGGAUGAUGACACCCCUCUACAUGAUGCAUCCAACAAUGGACAUUUCAAGGUGGUUAAGCUACUUUUACGGUAUGGAGGGGACCCACGUCAAAGCAACAGGAGAGGUGAAACACCGUUGAAGGUUGCCAACUCUCCAACAAUGCUGAAUCUUUUGCUGGGGAAAGGCACUUACACCUCAAGUGAAGAAAGUUCAUCAGAAUCUUCAGAGGAGGAAGACGCCCCUUCAUUUGCCCCGUCCAGCUCUGUUGAUGGCAAUAACACAGACUCGGAGUUCGAGAAGGGCCUGAAGUCGAAAGGGAAAACCGUAGACCCUCCUAAAUCUGCUGUCACACCCGUCAAAGAUGAAUACGAAUUUGAUGAGGAUGAUGAGGAGGAACGUGUCCCUCCUGUGGACGAUAAACACCUCUUGAAAAAAGACUUCCGUAAGGAUUCCAUCAGCAAGGCCAACAACUUCAUCUCCAUACCCAAGAUGGAGGUCAAAACCUAUUCCAAAAGCAACUCGCUCACACCAAAGAAAACUGUCAGGCGGAUCAUCUCUGACAGUAACAGUUCAGACGAGGAUGAUAGGACGUUGUGUUUCACGCCAGCGCCUACGCCGCGGCAACAAGCCCAGCAAACAAAUACCAAGACUAGAGACUCUGGCAGCAUGAGCUCUAAACAACAGAAAGACAAGAAUAAAGUCAAAAAGAAGCGGAAGAAGGAGAGUAAAAAUAAUGUCAGUAAAGAGGUCAGGUUUGGCAAAGUCAAUGACAAAUUCUGUACAUCUGACUCUGAUUGUGGCGAUAUGGAGAGUGAGGAUGAUAAGGGCUCAAAUAGUAUAAAGGACUCUUCUGCAACGAGCCUAAAAGAAUCCCCUGGCUUUAACGCAUCCUCCUCCUCUUCCCAUGGAAACUUGAACUCUCAAAAACAAGUACCAUCAUUAGCCGAACAGCAUCCAAAGCAGUGGAGGACAGAUGGCUGGAAGACUGUGUCAUCUCCUACAUGGUCAGACGUCAGUUCUCUCUCAGAUUCAGUCAGAACAAGACUAUCCAGCGAAUCUGACUACUCCUCUGCUGAUUCUAGUGUAGAGUCAAUAAAACAAGUUAAGAGGAAAGUGCAGGAGAACAAAAAGAAGAAUAACAAUGUGCACAGUAACACAGUAGACAAGAAAAAUUCAGAGCUCUACAAAAACUCCAAUGCAGACAGUGCGGUUUCCAAAACCGAUGUAGAUGGGAAAGUGCUGAAAAAGCACAAAGUGAAGCACAAGCACAAAAAUAAGGAAAAGGACAAAGCUCCUAGUCUAGUGCUUAAUCAAGACAUGAAUGAGAAAUUUGUCAAGAGCUAUUCUUUUGAUUUCGAUGAUUCAAGGCAGAAGUCCCUAAUUGUUGAGUCAGACUCUCCAGCCGAGAGCAAGGUCAAGUUAUCCAAACACGAAAAAGACCAUUCGAAAAAGGAGGAUAGGCUUUUGAAAAGCAAGUCUGAAGAUAAGGAUUGGUCAUCUGGAAAAGACCUUCAUAGAACGGGAAAAGAGGAGAAAAAUAAGAAAACAAAGGACUCCACCAAGGACAAGACAAAUAAGGAGGAGAGGGAGAAGCCUGUGAAAUCUGACAAGGAUAGAAAUGUCAAGGAGAAGGAUAAGCCCAAGGAGGAUAAACAAAAGGCUCACAAAGAGGAGAAAAAGAAGAAGUCCAAGGAGAAGUCAUCCUCAAAGGCAGACAGGAAGAGUGAGCAGAAAGAGGAAAAGCAUCUAAAGGUGGACAAGGAGAAAAACACCAAGGAGGACAAGGAGAAAUGUAAAAAAGACAAAGCACAGAAGGAAGAGUCUGAGUAUGAAGGCUAUGACGUUAACAACCGCUUCCUCAACCUGGAAGACACAAAGCUCAGUGCCUCAGAUGACCACCAUGACAGAUGGGGCUCCGAGAUGUCCUCUGACUCCUCCCUCUAUGGAGAGGACAGCUGGGACGCUCCUGUCAAAGAGUACAAGGAAUACAAAGCCAACAACUCUGUUAAACUGAUUGUUGAGACUGUAAAGGAAGAGACCAGGAGGAAAGAAAACAAAGUCAAGGAAAAGAAAUCAGAUCACAAUGAGAAAAGAUCAGACAAAGAAGCCACUUCUAAGAAGAAAGACAAAGACUCUUCAGAAAAGACAAAUGAAAAGAAAAAGGACUGGUCAGAGAAACAAAAAUUAAACUCCGGUCACUCAGCUGAAAAAGAAAAGAAGCGGAAGGAGUCCACAGAUGUAGUCAAAGACAAGAAAGACAAGGAUUCUCUGGACAACAGUCGAGACCGUAAAGACUCAUAUGAGUUCAUGAAGGAAAGAAAGGACAUAAAAAUCAAGGAAUCUAUAAGAGAUGAAUAUGGCAAUGAUACCUUCUUCAAAGACAUUGAUGCUGUCGGUAAAUCGUGUGAAAUCAGAGAAAGAAACCACUCUGGAAAAGAGAAAGAAAAGAAGGGUGAAGCAGUGGAAAAGCGAGAAAAGACGAAAGCUGACAAGCACAAAGAGAAAAUAAAAGAUAGAGGAGCUGAUCAGGAGAAGGAUAAGAGUGAGAAAAGCUCAACAGAAAAAGCUGUCAAGGACAAGGAUGCAGACCGCAGCACCAAAGACAAGAAGGAGGGAGCCAAAGACAAACACAAAGAGUCGCAUGGCAAAGACAAAGAUCGAAAGAUAUCUUCAGAACAGACCAAGGACAAGAAAGAAAAGGCCUCUCAAGACAAACAUACUGAAAGGGAGAAGGAUUUCUUGGAGGUAAAGAAGGAGGAAAGAAAACCUGAGAAAAUCCGUGAGAAAACGUGGUACAAGAUCGCUGACAUAUUCACUGAUGAAAGUGAUGAUGAUGAGGACAGUUACAAUGGUGGUGUUGCACUCGUGUCUGACUCCAUCAGGAAAGACUCAACACCUGAUCAGGAUGAGCUGGAUCACUUCCCAUCAGAAAAAAUGAGAAAAUCUUCUGCAGAGGCUAAACAUAAUGCAGAAAAGGUGAAAGACAAAGACCACAAAGAAAAGAAGAAAGAAAAGGCCACAUUUGACACAGGUAAAGAGAGGAAAGGCUCCCUGGAGAAACACAACAAAGAUAAGAAAGAUUCUGUAGAUGCGAAACACAAGGAAAGAAAAGACAGAAUGUCAGUGGACUCAAAUCAAGAGAAGAAGAAUAAGCAGAAACUGUUAGACAAAAGGGACACAAGUGAAGAAAAGACAAAGAGCAAAUAUAAAGACAAGCUGGACCAUUCUAAAGAAAGGAAACCAUCAAAAGGCAGUGGUGAGAAUGAAAAGUCCCUCUUAGAAAAACUAGAGGAGGAAGCAAUGAAUGACUACAAGGAUGACUCCAAUGACAAGAACAGUGAAAUCUCCUCAGAUAGUUUCACUGACCGAGGUCAUGAGCCAGUCCUCACUACUUACUAUGACUCCAUCAGCCUGACUGAUGUGUCUGAGGACAGGAGAGACUCCCUGUCCAUAUCUACUCCUCAGGACAAGUUCAGAGAGAAAGAGAGGCAUCGACAUUCCUCCUCAUCUUCGUCCAAGAAAAGCCAUGACAAGGAGAAAGAAAAGGUCAAGAAGGACAAAGGAGACAAACGUGACAAGACAGAGGAGAUCAGAGAGUCCUACAGCCGCAGAGAGAGCCUACCUUUUGAGAAAGAGCCCAUGCCUCUAGAGGCAGACCCUUACACAUUUCCAUAUGGGGGUAAGGGAGACGGCGAAGACGACUUUGAGAAAACAUUGGAAUUUGAAAAGGAGAUGUCCAAAAAGGACAAAGACAAAGCAACUGGUGUCAUCAGUGACAGAAUGAAGGACAAAAAGAAAAAGGAGAAACAUAAGGAAAAAAUGAAGGAGGAGAAAAAUAAGUACACUGAUGGCUUUGGGUCAUUUAAACACUCCAAAGAGGAUGUGAAGUCAGGGUUGAAAGAUAGCCCACAGGUCACUGUUCUGAAAGACAGGUCAAAAGAAGACAGUCCUAAAUUUGAUAUGAAGAAAGACAGAAAUCGGGAUGCUUUGGACAAAGACAACAGGAUGGACCACAGUAAAUCCAAGACUAAGGAUGAAAAUGAAAAGCUCUCUCAGUCUAAAGACACAGUGCGUAAAGAUAACCGUCCCCGUGAAAAACUGUUGGUCGAUGGUGACUAUCAAAUGACGAGUUUUGGUCAGAUGUUGAGUCUAAAAGACCAGGAGAUUGAAGAGCGCCACAAGAGACAUAAAGAGAGGAUGAAGCAGAUGGAGAAGCUGAGACCCAAGACAGGGGACCCUAAACUCAAGGAUAAAACCAAGUCCACAGAGGAAGUACGGAAAAACCGCAGUGAGCUAUCGAAGAAAUCCAACAGUCUGGAGUCUGGUCUCAAAGAGAAGAAGCUGAAGGAUGUGGGUCUCCCGGCCCAAAUGAUGUCUCCUGGCAGGAAGUUCCAGCCUACUGACAGUCAAAACUCAAAGGACUGGCUGGCUGGCCAUCAAAUGAAGGAGAACCUCCCAGCUUCUCCCAGGCCAGAUCAAAACAGGCCGACUGGUGUCCCCACACCUACGUCUGUCAUCUCCUGCCCCAGCUUUGAGGAAGUAAUGCAGACUCCACGCACCCCCUCUUGUAGUGCAGAGGAUUACCCUGACAUUAUGCUGGAUGGGCUGGACUGCCAGAACUCAUCAGCCAUGACUAUGUCAAUGAACGCCUGCUCCCCAUCCUUCUUUGAAAGCAGGUACUCUAACUCCCAGAGUUUCCAGGAGGGUACAUGCCCUACCCCUGCAAAGAACCUCCAGCUGCCACUUGUCAGCCGAUCUGCAUCCUCUGAUGUUCGCAGGCCUCUGGAGGAGGAGUUCAAGGCUGAGGCUGACAAGUUCCUUCGACAACAGAGUGAUCCAACAGCUGAAUUUGAUCCAUCACCUUCCUCCCAAACUCUAGAAGACAAAUCAGCAACUGUGGAUAGGCUGGAGUGCCUGUCAUCUCCCUAUUUCUCCCCAAUAAGAAUGUUGUCCCCUCGGCGGGAGCCAGCCCAUCCCACACCAGAUGUGGCAGCACCAACUCUUGCUGGUAUAGAGGGUAAUGAACACCUUCCUGAAAAUGUGUACAACAGUUUCUUGCCCAAACCGUCUACACCGGUUCACAGGCCAGACCCCCAGGAACCCUGCUUCGACAUAGCUGCACCACCUACCCCAGCUCCUGCUGCUUUGCCACCUCUUGACAUUGAUGACAUUUCUGAGCCUCAUCACAGUGAGCCUAACCUGGUCCUCUCAGAUCUUCCCUCUGUCACAGAAGAACAGGAGCAUGAAGAGGAGGAUGAUGAAGAAGAAGAGGAUGAGGAUGAAGAAGGUGAUUUGGGUGAUAUGGGUGAUAUGGAUGAGAGAGAUGAUGGAGACCACUGUGCAGUGGAGGAUCCGGAGCAAACAAGAGAGCCAUGUUCCUUCUCCCCUCAAGUUGAGGACCCUCUGAGGAAGAGCUGGCCUGCUGAGUCUCCAGACCGGCAGGAUCCAGAGGUCCAUCAGCUCUCCCCCACACACUCUGCUCCCAACCAUGGCGAGAACUGUUUUGAUCAUAGCAUGGGUUGGAAUGCUGAUAUGGACCUCAAAUCUCCCCACAGGACGUAUGGGGAGAUAGAGGCGGCCGUCUCCAAAAUAACGAGUCCUUACUCCCAUUCAGACAGUGACAUGCAGCACUUGUCUGGACACCCUUCUGUCACUCCCCCGUAUGCCACCUGGAAUAGGUGGCACAAAGAGGACCCAGAGGACUUUGAUGAGCAGAAGGAGGCUGUGGCUGACAUCCCCUCUCCAGAGAGGCCUGACACAGCUAUUGAUGGAGAAUCCAACUAUUUAAACACCUCAUCAUCUUCUAACAGGCUGGAGUCAUUCUUCCAGGAAUGUAACAAGCCUAGCAUAGAGGAAAGUCACCAGAUAGACACAGAGUCAACAUGUGUAGAACCAGACAGCAGACAGACCACGCACAGCUUCAGUGCUACCACUGAGGGCCACAUGGCUCCAGCUGUGGGGCCUGAGCCUGUAGUGCCCUGGGCGGACCCAUUCUCAGCUGAUGCAGAUGAACUGGAUGACCUGGGACCAUUCUCCUUGCCUGACCUACCACUACCAGACAAGUCAGAGGAAGCCGAGUCUCGAGGCCCAGAACUAGCUGACCACAACAAAACUGUGCCGACCCACAUUAGACAUACCAUUACAGACAGAGAUGACCCAGAUAUAAUGGAAGUGGACCUGCCAAGCCUGGCUAAGACUGCAUGCCCUGCGGGAGACCUAGGUUUAGGGGAACCCACUGGACAGGACUUAGUUGUACCAUCACCUCAUGCCAGUUUCCCGCAAGAGUUGGACCCAGAACCUCAGAGUGUGCCAGUCCAUAGCUCUCUAUCUCUGACACAGCAACAGGGCAGCAUGUUGGAAAGAAAAGGACCUUACGGAGGACCCGAUGAGUCGCAUCCCAAUAUGUUGUAUUCGUCUGUGAAAUCAGAUGCCAAUCAGCAACAUCACAUACAGAUCCACUCCCUCACUGAGUCAUUGCAGUUACCCAUGGAUUCAGUGUCUGCUGUCAAAUCAGAGGUGAGACAGGAGGAGAUGCCCGAGCCCGUGGCAGAAUCCGUAUCAUGCAGUCCUCUUCCUCAGCUCCCAGUGGCAGCCACCCUCUCUAGCACAGUGGAACUACAAGACACUCUGGAGACCAAACUAACACCGGUAACUCUGACCACUGUGUCCGCCACUGUAGAUAUCCCCAAGAAGGUGGAUGAAAUCCCUCAAAGGAUGACCCGCAAUCGCGCCAAGAACAAUCCCUCUGCUGCUGUUGUCCCCCCUACCUCCAGCAUAGUAACCUCAUCUGCCACUGCCACCCCUGUGACAACCAGUGCAGCAGUGAGCAUUAAUCCAGUUCCCACUAGAACCCCGACACCCACCUCAGUCUCUUCCCUCACAGCUCUUAAGAAAGACAAAGAGUCUGUCCUUAGUGUCUCCUCUACUCCAUCUAAUUCAACUCCAGCAGUGUCUGUACCUUCGUCUGUGACAACGUCUGCGCCAGUGGUUCUCAGUAAGACGACAAAAGGUCGCCCUCUCCCCUUGGACGAAGAGGAAUCUCAGACCCAACACCCGCGGAAGAGGAAAUUUCCACGUUCUGCUGGGCAGCAAGUCCAGGUCCAGUUGGUAAACACAGCCAUGCAGCAGACCAGGGAAAUGAUUCAACAGACUUUGGCUGUAGUAGUCAAUGCCAUCAAGCUGGAUGAUAUUGAGCCCUACCACAGUGACCGUUCCAACCCUUACUUUGAGUACCUACAGAUCAGGAAGAAGAUCGAGGAAAAGCGGAAGAUUCUGUGCUACAUCACCCCACAGGCCCCACAGUGUUAUGCUGAAUAUGUGACUUACACUGGCUCCUACCUGCUGGAUGGCAAGCCCCUCAGCAAGCUUCACAUACCUGUUAUUGCCCCACCUCCAUCGCUGUCAGAACCUCUGAAGGAGCUCUUUAGGCAACAGGAGGCAGUGAGGGGGAAGCUCAGGUUGCAGCACAGCAUAGAACGCGAGAAGCUUAUUGUUUCCUGUGAGCAGGAGGUUUUGAGGGUCCACUGCAGAGCGGCCAGGACAAUAGCCAAUCAGGCUGUGCCAUUCAGCGCCUGCACCAUGCUUUUGGACUCUGAAGUAUACAAUAUGCCAUCAGAGAGCCAGGGUGAUGAGAACAAAUCUGUGAGAGAUCGCUUCAACGCUCGUCAAUUCAUUUCCUGGAUCCAGGACGUGGAUGAUAAAUAUGACCGCAUGAAGACAUGUUUGUUGAUGCGGCAACAGCACGAGGCAGCAGCCCUCAACGCAGUGCAAAGGAUGGAGUGGCAGUUGAAGGUCCAGGAGCUGGACCCAGCGGGGCACAAGUCCCUCUGCGUCAACGAAGUGCCAUCCUUCUACGUGCCAAUGGUCGAUGUCAACGACGACUUCGUCCUGCUGCCUGCGUGACACACCUGUGCUCACAGAUGGAGAGCAAACUUUGUCUGAAUCACUUCUUCUCAAAGAGACUUCGUUGAAUAGAACGAAUGGAAAGGGCUAGCAAGUUUGAAAGAGGACUUUAGACAGGAAAAAAUUAUAUUCUAUAGAAAAAGAGUAAAGAAAAACUUGCCCUCGAUUCCCUUCCGUGAAGAAGGAAACAUGUUUUUACUGGGGAAAAAGAAAAUACACAACUUGCACUUUCAUCCUCAAAGUUUUUACGCUUUUGUUUGAUCAGAGUGUGAGAAGCAGAAACAGUUUUUGCUUUGAGGCUCUGACAUCGGGACAAAGCUCCUCAAUGCUCAGUUACAGUGAGACAGGGGACAGAGAUAUAUUUUCUGAGUUCGUUUUUGGUCCCUGCUUCAAUAGACCCACCACCACCACUGGGAGGAGGUAUCAGAGAAGAGCUCUCCCAACAGCGUGGUGCCUGUCCUGAGGGAGGACUGAGGAGAAGCCUCCCCUGUUGACCCAGGGCUCCUGGUGGCCCAGGAGAACUAGUCCGAGUACAGUGCUGACCCAGAGGAAGUCAAAGGAGCCGUGGUGCAUCAUGUGGAUCUUAAAUGUGAAUCUACAGCAAGACAGCUGGGAUGGACAGACCAGGAAGCUAGAACCAGCCGCUGAUGGUUUUGGGGCUAUAAGACCAUAAACCCAGAGGACGCCCUCUCUGUUCACACUGCACCAGGCCUAGCUAAACAAUAGUGCAACAGAGCCUGCAGCAGGUUUGAGUACAGCAGAGGAUUAGCGAUGUGUGUGCACGUCAAGGCCCAGUGUCUGAGAGGACGAGACUGACCCCGCAGCUUCUCAGCCUGGCGAAACAGAAGAGGACAAGCACGGAUCUCUGAGGACAGACCGGAGUGUUCCUCAGCCAGCCUGCUUGCUCCAACACAAACACAUCAGACCGCCAUGGACUGCAAAAACACCACAGGAAAACCAGAAGAAACAAACACAACGAAUGUUGAAAUUCAAAGAGACUAUUGAGAAAUUGUGGUUUGGCAGGAGGAGAGAAAUAUUGUUUUUGUCUAUUUCUUUACUUGGGCAUUUCAUUGUUUCUGAGGAAGUGACUUGAAACACUACAGAGCCAAUAUUAGUUUAAUGGAAAAAAGCAAAAGAAAAAUGAAAAAAAGUUGUAUUCCGUAAAUUAUGUACAGUUUUUAUAUUCGUUAACCAAUGUAUUCUUGCUGCCUUCUAGAUAAUUUAUUUUGCCACACAUUACUGCACAGUUGUAAAUAACCUAUGUACUGUAAUAUCACUCAGUUAAGUGUAAAGAAAAAACAUAAAAGAAAUAAAAAGUAUCUUUUUAUGUACAGUUCACUUUUGGGCAGCACUUUCCCCCCCUCAUAUCCAUGGGCCAAAAUGUGUACACAUUUCUGUCAGUAUUUGAAAGACUCCAGUGCACAGUUGUAUGAUCCCAUGUCUAGAUUCAGUCCAGGAUUAAGUAAGGCAACUCACCUGGGCGCGGAUCACCACAACUCACAAAUAGCUGACAGAGAACACUUCUUGAUUAAACCGGCCUCCCACCGGCCAAUCACCAUAUAGUCCCUCAGAUGUAGCAGAAUAGUUGUUGAGGAUUUAUUUAAAGAAUAGACAGAGGAUUAUUAUUCAUUGCUUUACUACACAAUUAUAUCUGAAAAAAUUCGAACCAAGAAAAUGCCUUUUUCAGUGAAAAAAAAAUGUACUCAUUGUUGGGCAAAGUCACAUAGAUAUAUAUGGGUGGGAUGAAAGUUAGAGAGAUGUCAUUCACGAGCAAAACCAUCGCAUUAACGUAGAAUGGUUUUAAACUGAUUUUCCAUGUUUUUAAUUUACAAAAAUUGGAUUGAAAUCAUUUCUAAUCAUCACAAAGCAUCAUUGUCUAAAUCCAACAGGACACGGGUCUUUCAGACAUGCUCUGUUCUCCCAGCUUGUCUGGUCUUCACAGUAAAUGGACUGAAGAGUCCAAACAGCUACUGAAAGGUUUCAUUCCAUACUGACUUUUAACUUUGUUUUGUCAGUCUUCCCCUUGUCAAAUGUUGGAGAGCAGCUUAUUUUCUAGGUGCAGUUCCAACUUUUAGUCACUGGAUGGCGCCAGUGUGUCAGAAAAAUCACGAACCGUAUUUGGCUUUGCAUGAGACCUGUGGCCUUUCAAUUGAAUGGGUGUUUUUAAAUACAUUGAAAUUUUAUUAUAGCCUAUAGGGAGUUCAGUUCCCUUAUGUGGUUUCAGUACAACACCUAGAUCAGUUUGGUAGUUAGUUGGAUAACGAUAGGCUGAAUAGUCACAUCAGCCUUUUUAUCAAUGUUUAAUCUACAAGGGGUUUGGCUAGUGUUGUCAGGGAUUUUAAAUGUUAGGUCACUUCCUCAUAUUACUCUGUUGUGUGUUGGCAUUUGCCGUAAUCAUUUUCUUGUGUCAGGCCCAAACAGACAGUUACGAGACUUAAAUCUCCUCAGAAUGAACCAAAAAGUGGACAGACAUGAACACAAACAGUGGAGGGGAAAAGAAAUAGCUUCAUGCUGAUUUUUUUAAUUGUCCUCAAUUUAAAAAUCCCAUUGAAAUGUUGAUUUGUGAUGACUUGUAUUGAUUCUCUAUUUUUAAUGGGUUUUGAAGAGCUUUCCCAACCUACCACAUAGGCUGCCUGUCUGUGUGUGAGAGCUGCUCAUGUAUCCUGAUGGCAAUAUUAUCUGAAACUUAAGUUAUUUACACACUGUCAGUCAGCAUAGCUGUGUAUGGUAUGUCUAGUCAAGUGCAAUGGUUGUUGCUAUUACACUGUGCAGACAAGGUGGCUAGGUGUAUAGUCCUGGAUAUUUUUGAGAGAUACACACAUCUUGGUUGGUAUACAUAUACAUACAUAUUUGGAUACAAAUAGCCAGAAAUUUGGUUUUUAAACCCCUGUUUGUCAUGUUUUUUGUUUUUAUUUUGUUGUUGGUUUCUUACACCUUUUUGGGGAGGAGUGUUAAGGGUGUCUUUAGUUCACAGAAUCCUUGUGUGUUUUUUAGCUCAGUGUAUGUAGUUUUGAAUGUUGUUGUGUUUAUCUUAGGGGUUUUUGUUCCUGUAUAAAGCAUAAACACCAGUGGCAUGUCAAUCACGUUGCUUAUCGAGCAGAAUGUAUACCGUUACUAUGCCCUGACCGACCACACCCUCUCACUAUUGUUUACAAGACAUCGAAGUGUGUUUCCGUUUCAUGUGUCACCUUUUUUAACGGUUUCAGCCCGGCCUUUGUUUUUACUUCUGUAAUCAGUCAUUUAUUUGAACCACAAAGGCUUGAAAUGGUGAUGGUUGACACAACUGACAGGCGAAUUCUUCUCCCCCCAGUCUGCGGUACACCGCUGCACAGAGCAAUAGACUAAACACAUCCAUCCGCGUUGACUCUCCAGUGUGAAUAUUCAACUAACAAACGAGUGACAUAUGAAUAAAUUGAAUACAGACACAAACACACAUCAGUCCUCAGAUGCACAGUAGAGCACUUGGCCGUGGUGAUACAGAUGCUAGCCUGACACCACCUCAGUCAGCAACAUAUUACCUCUACUCUCCUCACAUUCACUCAUAAUGUUUAUUUUAGAUUUGUUAUUUGUUGUUUUUUCUUACUGGACAUAAAUAUACAUAAUUGCUAUUUUUUCAAUCUAUAGAAUCACGAUUUCAAGCCUUUUUUUCUAGUUUUUGUUUCUUUUUGUUUUAUUUUUUAAUUAAAACCCAGACUGUAGCUAUUUCUUUGUUUCUUUUUUAGAGUGGAAAAUGACUAAUAAAAAGCAUGGAGAACUACUCUUUAAAUGGUGAGAAAUAACCUAUUUAUUAUCUUUUUGUUUUUUUCUGACACCUGUGGUAUGUUUUGAGUUGAAGUUGGUCUCCGCUGUGUAAAUUUUCCUCCUUGUAAUGCGUGAAAGAGACAUACUGUACAUAGCUCUGUAAAUAAAACCUCCCAGGACGUUUUGCACCCUCCUCUUUGUACUAGUCUGAAAAAUUGCGUAGAAUGUGGGGUUCUAACAGCAACAAGCUGCGUGCGCUUGCUGCAGGUGAUUAUGAUGUAACAAUGUAACAUUUUUUUAUUUGUACAAUGUAGUUUAUUUGUGUACAUAUUGUUGGAGCAGCUAAGAGGGGGGGCAGGGAUAUAUGAGGGGGUUGUUGAUGCUAUUGUCAGUGCUGUAACAGAAAUCCAGUACUUUCACCUCUAGCUGUUGUUGAUUUCCUGCAAAAAAAAUAAAGAAAAAAGACACAAAAAAAAUAAAAAUGCGAGAAACUGAAAAUGAGGAUGGAUGGGAAAAAAAGACUAAAACUGAAAAGUAAAAAUUCUAAAUUGUUAUUUUCUACAGUUGCAUGUACAGAGAGCGCGAGAACUGCUGUUGUUCCUCAGAGAUUAUGUUCGUUAAUAAAAUUUUGAAAUAUUA